AUGGUGAAACCGGAUCUACCAAAGCUUCUUCCUGCCGACAACAGUCCUGGGGACCCCACGGAGGAGUCGGAUGUGGGUGAGCAAAGUCUGUGGAUCGACUAUUGCCUUAACUCCACCAUCCAUGGGUUCCGAUACUUUGUGCCGGGUCGGAGCUGGGUCGAGAGGGUGUGGUGGAUGAUCAUUUGUCUCGUGUCGCUGUACGGAUGUGGACGAUUGAUCCACAGCGUCUACACGAAGUGGGAUCACGAUCCCGUCGUAGUGACGUUCGCCGAGAAGUCGGUGCCGGUCUACUCCAUUCCCUUCCCGGCCGUUAUGAUCUGUCCGGAGAUUAAGGUCCGAAAGGAGGUGUUCGACUUUACGAAGGCCGCCCAUCUGUACGACGAACCUGGCAUGAAGCGUUUCAUGUCAAAGGAAGAAAUAGCGAAAUUGGAGGCCAUGCUGCAGGUGUGUGACAUUUCGAUAGGCCAACAAAUCAACAACAAUUCGUACGACGAUGGCAUAGUGGACUGGCUUCAGCGGAUGGCCAUACCGUUCGAGGAUAUUUUCGUCAACUGUGGCUGGCGGGCCCACCGGAUGGAUUGCUCCGAGAUGUUCAAGAAGAUACUGACGGAAGCGGGCAUCUGCUACACGUUCAACUCGCUGGCAGCCGAGGAUCUAAUGCGCAAGGACCAGCUCCACCCGGAUUACGUCUACUCCGAGGAGAACACUUCGUCACCGUUUUGGUCCAUGGACGACGGCUACGGGAUGGACUCCGAUACUGAAAGUUAUCCACGGCGAACGUUCGGGGCCGGGAUGAGGGCCGGAUUCUUUGUGGUUCUUAAGGCCAGAAUGAUCGAUGCGGACUAUGUUUGUGGAAACUCUUUUCAGGGCUUCAAGGUGCAUCUGUAUCCACCGCAUCAGUAUCCUCGAAUAGCCAAUCAGUUCUUCAGGAUUCCUCUCGGCCAAGAGGUGUCCGUAUCGGUUAACCCGCAGAUCAUCGACACUUCUCCAAAAAUCAAGGCCUACAAUAUGGAGCGCCGGAAGUGUUCGUAUAAUCGUGAACGAAAACUGCGCUUCUUCAAGCUCUACACCAAGCACAACUGCGACACGGAAUGUGCGGCCAACUACACCCUGCAGAUGUGCGGCUGUGUACCGUUCGCCAUGCCGCGUGCGGACGGUGCCAGGAUCUGUGGUCUGGGUAGGCUGAUGUGUUGCGAUCGUGCCCAGGCCGUUCUGGAGGAGAUGGACCUGUUGCACGCCAUGGACAGCUCGCACAAUUCCUCAGCGCGCUGUCGCUGUCUGACCUCCUGCAACACGAUCUACUACGACACGGAGAUAUCGCAGGCCAAGUUCGAUUGGCGGAUGUUGGCCAAACGGAUGAAACUGUCUUCGGAGGAAAUAGACACAUUGGAACUGUCCUACCUGACGGUCCACUUCAAGGUGUCGCGCUUCAUACCGAUCAAGCGUAGCGAACUGUUCGGGCUGACCGAUUUUCUGGCCAAUUGCGGCGGCAUCCUGGGUCUCUUCAUGGGCGUCAGCAUUCUCAGUAUCGUCGAGAUCCUGUACUACUGCACGCUGCAACCCUUCAUGGACCGUCGAGCCGCCGUGGCCUCUCGCCCGGAACCGAAAGUUAUCAAAUCGACACUUAUCUUACCACCGGACGAGUACAAGAUUGCACCGAUUCGUCAUCGCGCCAAGGAUGCGGUGGCCAGCCACUGGUAA